UACCCACUGAGAUUACAUGGAAAAGCCAAAGUUUUGGGUCCCUUUUAUUCGCCAUUAUCCUAGGCGGUGAGGACGAAGACAGGCAGAAUCGCGGGGGUGUUGCAGUUAUCGUGUUAUCGUCCAGUUAUCUUGUAUUUUCUUUUUCCCCUUUUCAGGGCCACUUCUCUCCUUUCUUCCGUUACCACUUGUCGUUGUUGUUGACUCCACAUUUGUGUAGAUAAAGCAAAAUGGCGCGGGCUCCCUUUGUUGUUCCUGCACUCAAGAAACACACCGCGACAGUGAUUAUGGCGCAUGGUCUGGGCGACAGCGGUGCUGGGUGGAUGGGUCUUGCUCAGAACUGGCGUCGUCGAGGCAUGUUCGAGGAAGUAGCCUUCAUUUUUCCUAAUGCGCCCAUGAUCCCUAUCACAGUGAAUUUUGGUAUGACCAUGCCCGGAUGGUACGACAUCUCCAAACUCGGCCGAGAUUUGGACUUUGAAGAGAUUCUCCGCACCCAAGACGAACCAGGUAUCCUCCGCUCCCGCGAUUACUUCAACACCUUGAUCAAGGAACAAAUGGACCAGGGCAUCAAACCUUCACGCAUAGUUCUGGGAGGAUUCUCGCAAGGAGGUGCGAUAUCUUUAUAUAGUGGUGUUACCAACAAGGAAAAACUGGGAGGUGUGUUCGGGCUUUCGUGCUACCUGCCUCUGAGCGAUCGCGUCAUGAAUCAGAUUCCCGAGAACUGGCCCAACAAGAAGACACCUUUCUUCCUUGGUCACGGAACUGUAGACGAGGUCGUGCAGUACGAAUUUGGAAGGCUAUCUUCGAAGCUGAUGAAAGAUAUCGGAUUGGAAAAUGUCCAGUUCAAUACUUAUCCUGACCUUGGCCACUCUGCUGAUCCUCAGGAAAUUGAGGAUCUGGAAAAAUUUCUUCAGCAGACCAUUCCUCCUGAAGGUGAUGGCCAGAGUGCGGGGUUAUGACUUGAUGAUCACAGCCAUGUGUUGACCUCGGGAAAUAUCAGAUCUAGCAUUGCUUUAGCUGUGGUGCUUUUAUUAAUUGCAGUAUUGUUAUCAAGGUACAGCUUAAAUGAUACGAGCGAUAGUUCAAAGAAAUAGCGCCGAGCAUCGUUCUCCUUGGUAUAGAUGUUCUGAUUUUAUCUACCUGUCCAUUUGACUUA